GGGCUCUGGACGAAAAUCACCACCGGAAUCUUCUCAGUAAGAGUCUGUGCAAGAUCAAGAGGAAAAUGAAGUCUGCUGCAGUUUUUGUUGCAGUUGCAUGUCUACUCUUUGUACAUGUACAAGGACAAGCAAGGACCAAUUCAAGGAGGUGUUUGUGUCAGGGUUCUCUGGUUAACACAGUUCAUAUAAAACGGAUUGACAAGAUUGAAUUUUAUCCUGCAAGUGCAUCUUGUCAGAAUGUGGAAAUUAUUGUCACUCUGAAGAACAGUGCAGAACAAAAAUGUCUGAAUCCAGAAUCUGAAUUUAGUCAGAAACUCAUCACCAAAACCAUUAAAAAAAGGAAUGCACAUUAAAGCACAUGCUGUGAUGCUACUGAACUGAUGUGAAACGAUCCUGUAUAUGUGACAACAUUUUCAAUUCCUGAACUGAUAAAGCUUAUUCCUAUUUUUUUUGUCCUUAAAUAUUCUAAAAAAAACUGAACAUUUUCUAUAUUUGCUGUUUACUUUAUAACUUACGACUGUAUAAUUGCUGGAUACUUUUUGAAUAUUUUUAACAAGACUUUUUUUUUUCCUUUUCAUAUAA